GGAAUAAUCUCUGGGCACAAUUUGCAAUCCAGAUUAGGUGAAGUUAAUCUGAACAGUUGCAGUCCGAUUCAUGUGAGCAGAGAGCCAAAAUAAGCACAAACAACGUGAUCCGGAUUCAGGGCUGCAGCUUUGUUUUUCUCUUUUAUCCCCUCUAAGUUGCCUUUUUAUUCUUCACUUUCUCUGGACGUGAAACUUUGAACAUCCAGGGACAAACCGCGGGGGACAUGCGGACUUUUGCCGUGUUGUUGGCCGUGUUUGCGCUCCUCUCGGCCGGGUUGAGGAGCCCCAUGGCCGCGGGGGAGAUGCAGAGCUCCGUGGCCGAGGAGGAGAGGACAGUGGCCGGGGGGAACAGCUCCACGGUGGCCGGGGAGAGAGCAGCGCAGCGAAGCAGCUGCCCUGACCGCUGUCGAUGCGAGGAGGACGGGCUGCUGUACCGGGUGGACUGCUCGGACCUGGGGCUCCGGGACAUACCGAGCAACCUGAGCGUGUUCACGUCUUACCUGUAAGUCCGCGCCCAGGUGCAUGUUUUAGUGCUUUACUUGAACCGACCUGUUGCUCUUUUUCUGCACGCUCUCAAAGUUUGCAUGUGGACGCGUGCACGGAUGUUAUGCAGCCGUGAGAAUCGGAGCACCUGUCCUGCUCAGCCUCAGUUUAUCUCUCGAGCUCCUACAACUGGCGCGCGUGUGGUGUUCAUACUAUGGUUCAGAUGUUUUAGAGGUGAUGUUUGACUUACCUGAGCAGGUCAGACCACGAGAACAGAGCUGGAAGUUAAACAAAAAGAGACAUUACAAUGUUUACAAUUAGUGAGCUGUUCAGGGGCUUCUGGGGUGAACUGCGGGAUCCUGUAAAGGGUCCACGGGUUCUUCAUGGAGUUCCUAAACCACUUGGAAAAGUUCCUGUGGUUCCUAAGGUGGUUUAUGUCAUAUUUGAAACCGUUUCAGUGAUGAAAAACUUGUAGAAUGAGUUUCCCAAAAUCUUCGGCUGAGUUUUAAACAUGUCAAAAGACCAGGCAAGAGUUUUGAAAGUUUAAAAUAUCUUUGCUUGUAUCUUGUUCCACUUCUGCUUACAUUAUCCUGUUGGUCUUCUCGGUUUGGGUUGAUUUUUUUUCCGCUGGUUCUUGAUUUGGUCCAACAUGACCACGCUUUUGGUUCUGUAGCUGUUUGGUCAUUUGGUUGUCAGAGCUAUUUUCUUGUUGGGGUUGUUUGCAUGUUGUAAACCCAUGUUCCACAUGAACAGAAACAGAGACAUCUGUACAGGAAGAUACACAUUUUUGUGAUGCUGUGUAUAGUUGAUAAUAGGGAUGCACCGAUCCACUUUUUUUACCUCCGAUAACGAUACAGAUAUUUACCGUUUAAUGUCGGCCGAUACCGAUCCAAUGCCGAUACAGAAAAGCUGCACUAAAUUACCUUUUGUUGUAACCUGAAUUUUUACCAUUGCCCCUUGGAACGUUUACUGUGUUGGGAAUUGCAAGUGACCGUCCUUGGUGGCCUGAUGUAUUGCGAUAAAGUUCAAGAUAGCAGACCCCUUUGCUUGCUCCAAUUUGAAAACAAUGUGGGCAUCUACUCAGCGUGUUUACUUGUGGAUGCCACUCACAGCGUAUAGCAUAGGGUUAGACUGAAGAGAUCGGCCCCUAUGCAUCGGGCUCAUUGUCACGACACCCGAUCUAGAAUUUUCUUCAGUAUCGGGACAGAUACCAAUAUCAAAUAUUGGAUCGGUGCAUCCCUAGUUGAUAAGGUGCACAUGCACUGUGUGACAGUUCCUGUUCAGUUCCAGAGUUUUUCAAGUUACUCUACUUGAUAGCUGAUCAGAAUACCCUUUUUAGAACAAAUCUCCAAGUGAAAGAGAAGAAAACUCUGAAGCUUUUACUCUGAAAAGCAUCCAUGUAACUGUAUUUUAUGAUUCCAACAUGGGAAGUUUUCUACAGUGGUGUAGACAAAUAUUCUUUAUGUUGUUUUUCUUAACAGUAGCUCCUGUUAGGAGUUUUAUUUGACGUUCAUGAAUUAACUGAAAUCCACAUUGAUGUUUUUUCAUGAUAUCCAAAAGAAAACAAGACCAUCAGCACCAUGACUUGUGAUUUUUUAUCUUGAAAUGUUGAUGCAUGAAAUCAGGAUGAGGGGUUAAGUUUCAGCCAAGCACCAACGGAACAGCCUGUUCUUACAAUUUCCAAAUAAAAUAUUCACAAUAACGGUCUAUUUCCCACAUGGUAAGGGUAUUUAUGAGUGUUUUAUGUAAUAUUUUAAGACUUACGAAAAUCAAGUUUAAAAAAAAAAGUAGUCCUCUAUUUAAAGCUAAAGUUGCACCAGGUGACCCUUAAAAUCACAGUAGUUCACAAUUAUGAAAAAAGUUAGAAGAAGUGUUUUAAAGUUUGUUAUUCAUGCCUGAAAUACAGAAAACAUUGUCAUCGCCCUGUGAUAACAGUGUCAGAGGAGUUUCAGUGUUUCUAUUUGAGUGUAAACUUCUGUUCAAGCGAAACACUAAAACUAAUUCAAACCCAUUUCACCUCACAGCAGGUGACCAGCCUCGAUACCAGACGCGUUUCAGUCCUGGCAAAACCAUUACAUCACUGUUCUAAGUGUGUGUGUGUGUGUGUGUGUGUGUGUGUGUGUAGAGGGAAAACCUGCCCAUCUUGGCUGUGGUCUAAAAGCAGCACAAUGUCCAGGAUUUAAAUUUCACUCUCAUUAAAGAAAAACCUUCUUCUAUUCAGGAUCACUCUGUGUGUGUGUGUGUGUGUGUGUGUGUGUGUGUGUGUGUGUGUGUGUGUGUGUGUGUGUGUGUGUGUGUGUGUGUGUGCCUGCAAGUGUGUGUGUGUGUGCCUGCAAGUGUGUGUGUUAAUGAAAGCACUUCCCUUACCGCUUGUCUACGACAGGCAGAUGGACACACACACACACACACACACACACACACACACAGAGCGACAGGAUAUCAAAGAGUCUUUGUGUCUUUAUUAAAGCUCCAAUCAGGAGUUGAAUCCAACAAACAUAGAGGAGUUUCUGAGUCUCUCCAGUAAAACCACUGUCACCAGUAGAACUGCUGCUCACCCCUAUCCGACACUCUGCUGCCGGCUGGUCACCUUAAAUGAUGCACGCAGGUGGUUUCUGACCACCUUGCUCUCUGCCAGAUGUUUGCAUUCUCUUACAGUGACCUGAAGAGUUCAGUGCUCUACAGCUGAAAGACAAAACUUUGCCAUAUUUCCGUCCUGAACGCUUCUUUUAAAAUGAAACAAAGUUUUCGAUGAUUCUUUUUUUGACUCCUGGUACUGACCAUCGACUUUAUAUAGAAUGGACGCCAUCUGCCUCCUCGUUGGGUGAAGCCACUCUGAGAACAGCACCCUCUGGUGACGGGCUGCAAUGUAGGUCAUAAAUCCUGCCUCCGCCAGCAAAGCCUAUGGGGCUGUGGACAAACUUUAGAAAUUUAUUACACAGAACAUACAUUUUUCUCCUCCCUGCGAUGUUGACAUGUAGUUACUGUAAGACUGGUUUGUGCUCAAGUCCUCUUUUUUCUGUGCUUCAAAUCUGUAUACUGGCAAAAGGUGGAACCAAGUUGUCAAUAGUAUAUACAGUCUAUGGUAUUGACCCUCUAAUGCAACCCACCCCCCUCUGUUCUCUUAUCCUUACUCUCUUCACCCUUCCCCACUUAGUGCUCAUUCCCUUUUGUAUCUGAUCAUUUUUAUUGUUUACAACUAUGUUCAUUGUGUUUUUACAUCCACAAAAUAAGCCAUUAUGUAUAGAAAGGUGUAAGUUCAAGACCAAACAGUCAACUUUCCCAAUUAGAACCCAAAUAGAAAAGAAACAUUCAAAUAGUGAGACCAAUAAUGAGCAAUAAUUCUCAUUAUAAUAACAUCAACAAUGAUCAUUGAUAAAAAUAUGAAUUGAUUCUAAUAUCAAGCACAUAUUAUUAUUUGUUAUUUCCAGUAAUCUGAAUGUUUAUAACUUUUUAAGAACUUUUAAAAUACUUUCCCAGAACAUGAAACAGACGGACAGACGGACAUCAUGAGAGGCAGCCUACAGUCUCCUUCUGUCUGUCUGUCUGUUUGAGCACCGUCACUCUGAAUACUACCAUCUGUCAAUGCCUUUGUGUGUGUGUGUGUGUGUGUGUGUGUGUGUGUGUGUGUGUGUGUGUGUGUGUGUGUGUGUGUGUGUGUGUGUGUACACUAUCUGCAUGCCUAAGCAGAGCUGUCUGCGUCCUGAAUGGGCCUGUAAGUCUCUAUUCUGCGUCUGACUGACAGCAGGAGCACAGGAAUGCAUUUAGCCUCCGUGUGAUGAAUGAACUGAUGUACAUAUGAAGGAUGGUUUGGCCAUGCCUCCUUUUUGGCUGCCAUAUUGGCUGUCCUGAGUUCUGUCAAAGUGCUGACGUCGCCUCUUUCACCUCCUGCUUAUCUGUUUUCACUAGCUCCUUUCCCCUGGCCUUGUUGGUACAGAUUUGUGCUUUUAUUUUGAAGGAUUAACUCACUGUUGUGCCAUGACCUCUCUCACGACCUCAGAGGAAGGCAGGUAGUCUGCUUACCUGUGCAGGAUGUUUUGGGGCUGCUGCCGUCCAGAGUGUGUUGACAUGAUUCAAUUGUGCUCAGCUGUCGUCAAGAAGCCUCACACACAUGCCAGCGUGCACACACACACACACUGAAAUAGUCCAAACACCUCAGACAGGUAAAUGGACCACCUGCCGUCUUCCUGUGAGGUCAAGAGAGAGGUCAGGAGGGUAAUAUGAGGUUCUUUCCUCUUGUGAGUAAGGUGAAUUUUAUAUCAUCAACUUUGUCUUGAAAAAAAUACUUUCAAAUAAUGAAUGAAAUACUGUAUAAUACAACAGAUUUAUGGGAUAAAAUUAGGGCUGGGCAAUAUGGGAAAAAGUUUAUCACGAUAUAUUUUUUUCAUAUCAGUCAAUAUCGAUAUAUAUCACGAUGCAAAAAUUAAAUUUAACACUGCUUAUUGGUAGCAUGUCUUUUGUAAUACAAUAAGCUACUGCAUCUGUGAAGUCUUUGUGUCUCUUCAAAGUUUUUUCAUAAAGUGUUGCGCUAGAGAAAGCUGACUGAAUGAUUGGCUGUUUCGGCUGCACAGGCGCCAUGAGCUCCUUGUUGGCUCCUUGAGCUCCUUGGUUUUUUCAUUGGCUAUUCUUAUAGUCUGCCAAAACAUAGCAGAACACCGACUAUUGAAAAGGAUAUUGAUGAUGUUUUCUGUUGAUAUUGAGAGGAAUUAAUUUUUGAUAUAUAUUGUUGUCGUUUUAUCGCCCAGCCCUACAUAAAAUGGUAACAUAUGAUGAGUCACAACAUGCUAAAAUACAGUACAAUACAUAACAUAAUGGUAUAAUCCCAUUCACUUCAGUCGAGUUUGAUAAAAUGUGAUAUAUUGUCAUGGGUGUAACAUUUGCAUUUAUUUUCAUACAUACGAUAGAGUGCCAUACGUUAUGCUAUAAUGGGGUUACAUUAUGAUACUUUAUACAUGAUGACAGAAUUUAAUACAGAAUUUAAUAAUCCAGUGUGAUACAUUAUUAGAGAUAGAAUGCUGCAUUCGAGUUACAUCGGAAGUCAGAAGAAAGAGCUGGGAAUGACGUCAUACCCGAGUUACCAGUACAAGUCGGAAAAAAGCAAAAUCGGAGGCAAGAUGGCUAAAUGUAUGAAAGUUAUUUUAGCGCUUGCCUCGUCCAAAUAGAAGCAAAGACAAGGCGAGCACUGAAAUAACUUUCAUAGCAGUAGGUAUCUUGUUUCCGCCUCUGAUUUUGUUUUUUUCCGACUUCGUAACUGAAACGCUUUUAACUCGGGUGUGACAUUCCCAGUUGGACAUCUGACUUCUGAGGUAACUCAAACUCAGCAUAAAUGCAGAAUGAUGCAUGUAGAAACUGUACAAUAUGGUACAAUAAUGUAGCUCAGUUUGAUUAAAAACAAUAUUUAGCGUCAAGUAGGAGGAGUAUAACUUAUAACUAAGGAGUAAACAUGACAUGAUUGAAGCUUUAGAGCAAAAUGAGCUCAGCAAAAGAAAUUCAUUCAACAUGUUCAUAAGACCUCAAGGACACAAACAGUGAGCUUCGGUGAGAAACACUAUUUCAACUAGGGAACAAACUCUGCAGGGCUCCUUCAAGGUUGGUUAUCUUGACCACAAAUUCAGGUUUUUGGAAAUCCUUUAGAUAAGGAGUGAUACUGUGUAAUAUUAACAUAAUUAAAGAGUGUCUGUAAAACUCCCUGAGGUUUCCUGCAGAGACUGUUUGUUUGUAUCCUCGCUCACACAGAAACAGAUCCUGCUGUUCCUCCUGUUGGGAUCUUUUUCUUUGGGAGGAGGCCGCUCAGACUGACAGGACCGAUCAGGGAAUAAACCCCCUGCGUUCACUCGCCCCGGGGGGCCCCCGCUGACCCGCCCCCAAAAGACUGAAAUAAAGACAGAAAGAAAGAGUGAAAGAGGACAAAAACCAGAGAGAGGCCUCGCUGUCACACUACGCCUCCAAACUACACAACUCUCUUUUCUUUCUUUCUGCAGAGUUUGUCUUUCUGCAGGCCACGGACAUUUGAAUAAUCGUCUGAUAUCCAUCAGUUAAAGCUCGAAGAGACCGAAAAAAGACAACACGCACACAAAGCUUCAUCAAACUCAUUACCAAGAGGGAAAAAGCACACAACACGUAUAAUGUAUUCGCCUCCGCUUUCAUCCGUCUGUUCUUUUGGUCUCCAUGCAUGCCUCUCUUUUCUCCCUGGUCACAUAAAAACAAAAAUCACAUCAAGGAUCUGAGCUGGACUCACUCUGGGGCUGCUCCAGGUUCAGUUUGGUGACGUAAAGACAAAAAAUAGCAAAUAUUUAAUGAAAGAAGUUACGAGAGCUGCUUUAUGAUCAUCACCUGAAGCUAUUAAUAACAGUUUGGGUAAAGACUAGAAUAAAAAUACUCAAAAUCAGGCGUAUAAAAAAUUUUUCAACAUUACUUACAAAAUAUUCCAGUGUUUCAUAUCAAUGUUAUGACUCUUUUCCUAAGCACUAAGACUUAAAUAACUUCAUUGUACUCAUUUGACUUUAUUGAUCUAGACAGUCGUUAUAAAACAGGAUAAGUUUAUGAUAUUAACAAUAAUUUAUAAAGUUAUUUAUAAGGAAGCUAAAUGAUUAACAAUGACACCUGAAGAAGGAGUGGGAUUAGCCAAGUGUGUACUUUUUCCCACUCCUUUUUGGACAUGUUAGGAGUUUGACACUCUUGUAUUGUGUCGUGAUUUCUAAAAAUAACUUUGAAAGUCAUUUUCCUCACAAGAAUAAAGUUGUAAGUGUCAUACAGUCAUUUAAAAUCAUAUUCAAAGUUGUACAUUUAUUCAGCGACCUGCCACAUAAUGCUGUUGUGAAGGGGAUGCCACACAUAUGACCUCAUUGGGUUUUUUUCAGCCAGCAUGGUAAUCAGUGUUGAGUGUUUCCUUAUUGUUAAAGCACAGCUGCUGCCACCAUCAUCACAGUGUCCUUUGUGUCUCUGAAUUCAGGUAUAUCCCACAAAGUAUAAACAAAGAGAGAAAAUACACUCUUGAUUAUAUUGUGGGAAAUCCAUAGACUGUAUAUACUAUGGACAACUUCAAUUUCUAAAGUUUGUCCACAGCCCCAUAAGGAUGGCUGGCGGAGGCAGGAUUUACGACUUAAACUGCAGCCCGUCACCAGAGGGUGCUGUUCUCAGGGUGGCUUCACCCAGCGAGGAGGCAGACGGCGUCCAUUCUAUAUACAGUCUAUGGGAAAAUCUAAUUCUAUCCCCAAACCUGUCAAAAAAUGGGGAAUCUGCAUCACUUGAAUUUGAUGUUUCUAGCCUAUCUGUAGCUCUUUUCAAGACAGGCUAAAAAAAUGUUUGAGGAGCAAUGCUACAAACUUAAAAUUAAGGUUAUGUGAAGAAGGCAAAACAGCCGGUGAGCUAACAUCAGCUAGCAGGACUCAGAGCUACAACAUGAACUUGACUGAGCUGCUAAUGAGCUAAUAUCAGCAAGCAGGAUACGAGCCAAUGAAACAUGUGUAUAGCCAUGACGCUAAGGUGAUAAAGAUAUCUUAACAGAGACUUAGCUUUGCUUGGAGUGAUUUAACAUCAAUUAAAAGGACAUAAAACUUGUGUUAGAAUACCAGCAAAGGUGACAGUGAGUGGGAAAUCAGCUAGCAAGGUACAAAGCUAACUUUGCUGCCAUUGUGCUAACAUAAGCUAGGAGUAUUCAAGCUAGCCCAAUGGUGACAAUUCGCUAACAACGCCACCUGAGAGCAUUUUUUUUGUGAUAAUUUCCACUGGAAGGGCAUCCAGUAGACACCUUUCCUACAUUUUAUAUACCAGAAGAACACUCAAAGCAAACUUUUCCAUCACUUGCAGAGUAUCCAGAGGGUACUUUUCUGAAUUUUGUACACAGGAGGGAAUCUGGAUAGCACAUUUUCAUCACUAUGUUUACUGGAAGAGCAUCUAGAAGACAUAUUUUUCUUUUUUCCACUGAAAAGGUAUGCAGAGGUCAGCUUCUCAUCACUUCAUAUGCCGGAUGAGUAUCAAGAAGACACUUUUUUCCUGUUGUUUCCUCUGGAGGGGCACUCAGAGGCCAAUUUUCACGUCUUUUUUUUCCGCUAGAAGGGCAUCCAGAGUACAUUUUUUUCCUCACUUUAUUACUUGAAGAGGCUCUCGAUUUUUUUUUUCUUUCUUGACUGUCACUAAAACUACCAUAAAUUUCCUUAAUUAGCCACUGAAAUACCUUGGUGACAUUAACACAAGGCUAACAGUAAGACUCUGUGCUACCUUAUCAUGAAUAAGUCACAUUUUCAAACUUAUCUAAUCUAAAAACGGGGAAAUCUUUUGUAUGAUGUAUUUUAAGGUGUAAUGUUUUUACUUUAAUGGGUCACCAACAAGACUUCAGAUCGCCAUCAGGUUUCUGCUCUGAAGGUUAUUUCAGUUGUCAGAGAAAACAAGGUGACAUCAGUGAGUCUGAGCAGCAAUGACGCUCUUCGUCCUCUCUUUUCUUUCCUUAUCAGACUCAUCUAUUUUCAGCUCUUUGUGUCGUCUGAUGACUAUCGGCAGGUAGCGUCUCCGCACUCAGGAGGGCUCGGGUCUGAAAGGAAGCAGAGACAGACUGUCUCUGUCUCACACACUGAGGGUGUGUCUGCGGGGUGAAUAUGCCGCUUGUUAAGAAACUUUCUCAACACUCCAUAAAGCCUGUUAAUGUGUGCGCAGGUUUACAACAUUGUCGACAGGUAGUCCAGUCACUCAAACACACUCGGGCUUGUUUGGGCCUAUUUAAGCAGAACGUUCCUUUACUCUGACCAGACUAACAGAGCUAUGGCUGAUUGGCUUUUACUGCUUACACACACACAUGCACAUACACACACACACACACACACUCAUGGCUGUAUUUCUGUGCUUGAAAACAGAUUUUAUUGACUUCGUUCAUUAGCCAGCUCAAAAAUACUGUAAACCUGUGUGUACAUGAGGCAGCAAGUCAGUCAUUAUCCUGACCUGAAGGCUUUGUGUUGUUCUCAUUUAGUCACAUAUCAUAACACAAACAAAACCUGCAUGUACACCUAAAACACAAUAAGUGUUUGUUUGUUUAUUAUUUCAGAUAUAGUUAAAAUUGGGUGAAUGAGCUGGGAGGCAAAACCUGCUGAUUGCAAAACAUUACAUUUUGGGGGAUGGGUAUUUCUCUUCAUUAAGAUUAUUAAAUUUGCUGAUUAUCUUUCACACUUUUUAAUAGUUGAAUUCAUAGGAAGUGCAUCCAGAGGUCACUUUUUAUUUUGAAUUUAUUUAAAGGCUUCCUACAGGACACUUUUGUCCCGUUUUACAUACUGGAAGAGCAUCGAGGGGUCCUUUUUGAUAUUUGAUUUACAGGUGGUAGGGCAUUCAAAGUACACACUCUCAUGUUUUAUCCAUUGUUAAGGCAUCCAAAGGACACUUCUCCACAUUUUAAGCCACCUUUCUUCGCCUCGUAUACUGGAGGAGCAUCCAGAUAGUGUUUUGACGUUUUUUUCCCAUGAGAAGGGCAUCAAGAGGACAUUUCACCAUAUUUUAAAUCCAAGAAGAGCAUUCAGAAGACACUGAUUUAUGUUAAAUUCAUUGGGAGGGUAUCUAAAAGACACAUUUUCUGACUUCCAUAAACUGGAAGAACAUUCAGAGGACACUUUACCCCCAAUUUUUUUAUUGGCGGAGCAUCCAUCAGGCAUUUUCACAUUACUUUGUGGAAGUACAUCCAGAGGUUACACUGUAAUCUUUAAAUCAUUGCAAUGGUAUAACCUAAUAAGGGGUUUGAUCAAUCAAAAUCACGCAUUAAAAUGCUUGGUGUUCAUAGUUUUUAUGAUCUAAAAUGGAUCAUCCUUCAUUUAAAAUGUUAUUUAACAUUAAAAUAUUGUCAAUAAUACAUCUGCGGGUUUAGGUCAGAAGUAUUUUCAGUAGAGUUAAGGAUGUUCGCAUGUAAAAAGGUAUUUCACCCAACAGUGUUUCUACGUUUCUUUGAGUCGUUUGACUUCAGCGCUGCAAAACAGGAGAUGACAGAAGAAUAUGAACACACUCAGGUUUACUCGGCCCUUCGUUUUUUCUUUCUUCCAGUAACUUCCACUCCUGUCAUGUUUCUCACUCAGGUGUGAGUUGACUUUCAGCAGCCCUUUGAAGGAGUUGUGAAGUCCUGUGUGUGUGUGUGUGUGUGUGUGUGUGUGUGUGUGUGUGUGUGUGUGUGUGGGUCCUACCUGAGUUUCUGAGUGGAUGCUUUGUUAAACUCGGUGUUUUUACUGGUGAGAUGUGAUUUUUUUAAAGCUUUCUGUGCUCAAACAUACUGUUACUCUUUAAUUAGAUGCUGAUUCACAGUUUGUGUUUCCAUUUGACUGUUUGCGUUGGGAUGUUGACUAAAUGGUUCAAAAAAAUUCUCUCAAUCUCAAAUAUGUCAAAGGUUUGAUCUGUUUAUGGACAUCACGUAUGCUUAUCUUCUCUUUACCUUAUUCAUACAUCCGUUCAUGUGUGCAAACAUACAGGUGUGACACAUCGAGAUAGUAACUGUCACCUCUGUCCCUCUCUGUGUCUCUGCAGUGAUCUCAGUAUGAAUAAUCUAACCGUGAUGUCCAAUGGGGCUCUGUCCAACCUGCACUUCCUGGAGGAGCUGUGAGUCACACACACUCUCACACACACACCGGUUCAUUCUUAGCUAAAAAGUCAUCAUUUACUGUGUUUGAGUUAAGGAGGUGACAUCAGGUCAUUUCCUCAACACCUGCGUAAAUCCUAAAGCUCUCAGUAUAAAUCAAAACCUCUGAGAUCCUGAUGAAAGCCACUUUCUUCUCAUAACAUUACAACUUUAUUCUCAUUAUAUUUAUGACUUAUAAGAUAUUUUUUCAGUCCUUGACGUGGCCCUAAUACUCUGUCCUAGCAUUAUGAAUUUAAUCUUGUCCUAAUAUAUUUUAUCAUAUCGCAUCGUAUUGUAUCAGAUCUGAUCAGCGUUUAUGCAUCUGCACAUAUGUUUUAUUAGACUAAAUAAUUGAACGCUGAGCUGAAGCUGUUAAUGCAUCAGAGUAUUCAUGUUUCAGCGCAAGAUAUCUCCAUGAACUCCGCUCAGUGCCUGAAACACUGAUGUCCAUGAUACUUGGUGCGUGUUACAGCGCAGGCGACGAUCUCAGAUAACUGUGAGGAUGGGAUAUGUAACCCCAUCUCCUCACCUCUUCAUCUCCUCAGCCGAGUCAUGCUAUGUAUGAACACUUUCACAGCAUCGAGCGUCUCCAGACAGAAGCUGCUGGACCAAAUAAAAACAGGGCAGUGAGCAGAGAGAGACAGAACCAGAGCCAGACUGUGAACAGCUGACCUCAUAGAGACCUGAACAUGACUCUGUUCUGCCCUGCUGCCAGCUAUCGCUGUUUAUGUGCGUGUCUGUGUGUGUGUGAUAUUUGUCACCGUGGCGUGAGAAACGUCACUACCGCGAUAGGACACCACAGAGGUGCAUGCUGGGUACAUGCGGACUGGCUGAACUCUAUGUGGCCUCUGAAAACAAACAGACCUGCAGGACCCAGUACAGCUCGAUGUUUUCUUCACUUUCUCAGAAUUAAGAUUGAUGUUUGAUCCUUCAACAAUAACUGAUCGGAUCAUUGUUUUGUUGUCGAACGCCCCUGGACAGUUGUCAUGGAGAGGACAAUUAACUCCUGAAACUACUUCUUAGGUUUUAGAUAUUUAAAAUGCAACUAAAGCAGAGAUUUACUCACUUUUGUACACUGCCUCUUAUGGACUCUUGAGGAAAUGCAGUUUUUGGCAUUAGUUUAUUUGCCAUCGUUUUCAGCCCUGUUUUUACAAGGUUGGAAACAAAGUAGUUUUUAUUCUGUAAAAAUACAAAAUUUAACAGUGCCCCUAGUGGACACUUAAGUAAUUGCAAUUGGUUUGGUGUUAACUCUGUGCUGUGAAGUUGGCAAGGGCGUAGAAUUGGGUAGGGACACUAGGGACAUGUCCCUACCAAUAAUCAGCUACUACAGUGUAAUCCCUAUCAAUAUAACUGCUGUCCGUGGUGUUUAAUCAAUGAUUAACACAAAGGGUUAACAGUCGGUCUCUACUACCUGUCCCGCCACUAACCUAAAUAUCGCUCUUCGAUUGGCUGCUAGUUUCUCGCUUAUAUCACUACAUCUGCCUGUAAAAGUUACCUGCUAGUUCGACCGGACAGGAGGCAGACAGUGCAUGUUAUCUGCAACUGCGAAAUGUAAGUUGUCAACAUGUUUGUCAUAUUGUGCCUGGGUCAGGUCAACUUAAACAGAUUUUAAUAUCAGCGGUGUCAUUAACAUUUACAUUUCUGUUUGUGUCAGUUUGCGUGCGCGCGUGCAUAACCUUUCAGGAGGACAAUUUUAUGUUCCAACCAAUGUCAAAAUCAAACCUACUUCCUUGGAAGUUGGUUAUUUUAGCAUGUGUCUCUAUGGGUGCAGACUCACCUCAAGAGCCAGCCUCAAGUGGACACUCAUGGAACUGCAAUUUUUGGCAUUUGAUUUUUUCACCCGAGGUGACACUGUGGUCCUUUUUAAAAAAUCUAAAUAAAACAUGAAAAAAUGUCAGUUCUUUUCUAUCUUUUCUUUCUUUUUGAAAGUUUACGGUCUGAAUACAUCAGGAUCUCCACAUAUCUUUCUUUUUCAGGCGUUUGGCAGGGAAUGACCUGUCCCAUAUUCCCAGAGGCGCGUUCGCCGGCCUCUACAACCUCAAAGUGCUGUGAGUACAUCGGUCCAAUAAUACAUAACCUUACCUAACCACUUUUCCAAACCUGUAAAUAACUGAUAAAGACUCAAACUCAAAGACUAAAACUCAAACUGGAAACCUGUUAUCAACCUGAAUGUAAGAUUUAAGCUUUGAAAAGUUGAAGACUCAGAUCAGGAAUCAGGACUUGAUAAAAAGUCACCCUGAAUCUGGUUUGAAAGUGAGAUUGGACCACACAAACUCUCAUCUACACACAAACUGUAAUAAUAUGUGGUAUGUUUACUGGUGCUAAUCAUUCACAGAGAGCCUUUGAGGGCUUGAUGAGUGUCUCAGUUUAGUUUACAGAGUCUGGAACAACGCCACUCUUCAGUGUUUACAUAUUAAACUGUUGUUCUGGCCUCCUUUCAUGUUUGGCUCAUUUAUCAUCAUUAUGUGAUAUUUCAAUCAGCUGUUACAUAAAUACUUCAAGUUUUAGUCUGCUACUUAACCUGCCUCAAAAAAUAUUAUUUAUUCUAUUUCCAGUAUAAAUAUUUCCAGAACCAUCACCAGAUUAACCAACACGGGCAGCAAUCAGCCGUCAUGUACCUCCUGAACACUCAUCAAUUGUACUAGUUUUCAAUUAUUCCAGCAUGAAUAUAUCAUUGAAUCAGAGGUACGGCUGACUUGACUGAUAGGCAGAAGGAGACGUACUGUCUAUCUUUACAGUCUAUGAUAGUCAGUAUCAGUGUUUCAUCAAUGAUAAGCAGCAAAAGACUUUAACUAAACAGGUUUCUUAAAAUGUCAGAUAUUCUACCCGGUAAUUAAGAAAUCUCUCUUCGCUUCAAUGUCUUAACAUCAGUGGUUCUCAACUGGUCUCACUCUGGGACGCACAUUUUCCCAUGGUCCUUAAGUCACGACCCACUUUUAUAAAAUUCAAACCAAGCAAAUUUAUAAAAAUAAAAAAACAAACAAACCUUUGAAGACUUACAUCUUUAACAUAAAUACACCCAAUUUAUCGAGUAAAUUGCAUUUCAGAGCACAUGAACUAAGGAUGACAACUACUGAAGUUGCAUAUACAGAAAAUAUCAAACAUCAAAUCGCAAAAAAUGGAGACCAGCAAAAUGAAAAAUUUUUUACUUGUAUGAAUCUCUGCAUUCAGAGCAUAUUCAGAAGAACCUGAGGAGGACCAUGCAAUGGCAAAAGUGAAUAAAUAUCAAAUUGAACAAAAUAAAGACCAAAAAAUGAAACAUGUAUUUUUACUGCAUUCAGGACACAUUAAUAAGAAACCGAGGAGGACCACGACAUAACGCGUGCCUUUAAAAGAAGCAAUUUUUCAAAAUAGAAGACAUGUAAAACAUCAGAUCACAUGUUUACAUCCACUUUCCUCCACUCACCUUCCUCCUUAUACUUACACUGUUAUUUUGUAAAUUCAUGUGAGUAUUUAAGGUAGUCUUUUGUUUAGCUUAGUUGUUUGUUCUGUAUUUAUACAUUUAUAGUUUUGUUCUUAUAUUUUAUUGUUGUGCACCGUGGGUCUGAGAGGACUGAAAUUUCAUCUGUGCUGUAUGUUUAACAUGAAUAGCAUAUUUGACAACAAAGUUGACUUUGACUUUGACUUGACUUGAUCUGAUGUGCAUCAAAGAAUGUGUCCGUGACCCACUUUUGGGUCGGGACCCACCAGUUGAGAACCACUUCUUACAACAAACAUUACCAGAUAAUCAGCUGUUAUUCUAAGCAGUCUGCCAACUUUCAGACUAAGCUGUGCCGACCCAGCUAAGAAGUUUUAUAUCUACCAGAUAGACACAGAAGUGCUAUCAAAUCGAUCAGGAGAUCUCACUCUUUGGAAAAAAGCAAAUGGUUGUUUUUUUUGAAAUGUGGGUUUAAUCUGAAGUGAAUCAGCGAGUUGUUUGUUUCUGAUUGUGUUAUUUGUGUUGUGUUGUUUCCAGGAUGCUGCAAAAUAACCAGCUCAAGUCUGUCCCUGCUGAGGCCUUCAACAACCUGCACAACCUGCAGUCACUGUGAGACACACACAGACACACACUUACACACACUUACACACACACUCCUCCUUUUGUCUCGUUUUACUCUUUGGUGGAAAGGAAUCCACGCACAUGGAGCGGUAUAUUAAUGUAUGUUAGAGAAGACACAGUGUUCCCUCAGCCUGAUAACACACUGUAAUUAUACUGAAACUGUACCUGUGUGUGUGUGUGUGUGUGUGCGCGCAUGUGUGUGUGUGUGUGUGUGUGUAGAUAAGGGUAUAAGAAUGGAGACGUCUCAGUCUUUCUCUUUGUCUAAGGUCUCUCUCUCUCUCUCUUUCCCUCACUCUCUCCCUCUCUCAUUUAUCUGAUGGACCAUUAUGUGAAGUCCCAUCCUUCUCCUCUGCCUCUGCACCUGAACAGAGGAGGUAUUGUGAGGACAGACAGACAGACAGACAGACAGACAGACAGACAGACAGACAGACAGAGAGGACAUGCAUGUGUACAUUUACUGUGGCUUUCCCAGUUUUACACCCAGAUACACCAAAAUAAGAAAUAUAAAACCUGAAGAUUUGCUUUUUAGAGAAAGUAAUAAAGCACAUUUUCACAUGAAAUAUUCAUAAAGAGCAUUUUACUAUCUUACUAGAAGGUUUAUCUCUGCAGAAGUUGACUGACACCUAAUAAAACAGCAGAUAUAGCUCAUUUAAGUGAUAAUGUUGACAUGUAUAUCAGAAGUCCAGUUUCAGUUGAGCUUAUGCAGUAAAUACAUUUUUUUAAUCAACAUGUAAAUCCAUCGAGCAACAUUUGGAUUCCCAAAUCUGGUACCUUGGUCUCAAAUGACCUGAACUAACCUCUGUAAAAAUGGCACUAACGCUAGUAUUUCAGUGCCACCAGCUGACACACAAAGACUCUCAGAGUUAAGUCUGUGCUCAUUAAAAUACCUUCGUUAAGCCUGAGAGCUGGUUGUCUGGUGGAGUGGCCCUUGAGGAGCCUGCCGAUCAUUCCUCUGCUGUUCAAACACUUGAUCUCUAAUGUUCCUCUCGAGCCGCUUCAAAGUGAGCGAAGCCUUCGUUUUGCAUCCUACAAAUGCAGCUCUUCAUCAAAGCUCAAACCCUUUUUUACAUAUUCAAGUGUUUUUCAAUCCUUUUUAUGUCCAAUUUGGGGCGCAGGACAACUUCAAUAGAAAUGUCAGUAACUGUGUGUAAGUGCACAGUACUUGAACGACCAAAUAUUUCUGCCAGAUUUCUUUCAUUACCAACGUUAAUAGCCUCACCGACAUUAAUAACAUAAAGCUAGAGUUAACCACUAUUAGGCCUGCUGACUGUAAUCACAUUAAAUUUAACAUAGUCCAUAAUUACUCAUAUCCUGAUCCUGUAAACUGAAUUCAUGAGCUGUUGUUGUCGCUGCUGUCUCGUCUCUCGUUCUCUCACCCUCGUUCUCUACUCUCUCUCCUUCCCCCUUACUUACAUAUUCUCUCUCUCCUUCCCUCUAUCUUGUUCUCUUUCUCUCCCCUUGACCUCUCUCCUACUCCUCUCUCUCUCUCUCCCCUUAUCUCUCUAUAUUCCUCCCCAACCCAGCAGCGGCCUGGUGGCUGUCUAGCAUGAGUCUGGUCCUACCCAAGGUUUCUGCCUGUUAAAAGGAAGUUUUCAUUGCCACUGAUGGGCCAAAUCCCAUCUUAGGCUGGGUCCUGAUAAUUCACCAAACAAUGAGCGUGGUCUAGACCUGCUCUUGUUCUUUGAAAAGCAUCUUGGGAUGACGACUGUUGUGAAUUGGCACUAUAUAAAUAAAAUUCGAUUGAUUUGAUUGAUGGUUAAUAAAGUUGAAAUUCAACCCUGAUUACAGAAGAGUUUGGACAAAACAGAAUUUCAUCAUUUUAAAAUCAUUUAAAGCCUUUAUUUGAUUGAAAAUAGUGUAAAGACAACAAGUCAAAUGUUGACAAUGGGAUGUUUUAUUGUUUUAUAUCAUCACCCUAUUAAAAUUACGGCAUAAGUCAUUUUUUGACGAAAAUUAGUUUUAGUCAAAAAAUCAUCCAAAAUCGUCUUUUGAUUUUACCAGAGAUGGCCCACAUUGUCAAGAGAUGAUUUAAGCUAAAAACUAAUUUUCGUCAACAAAUGACUUAGGCCGCUAUUUUAAUGGGGUGACGAUUUGAAAGAUUUACUCUUUUUAAAUUUGAUCCUAGCAUCUAGGAAGAACCAAACAGUUCAAAAGUCGUGUAAUGCUAAAAAAAACUGCAGGAGGGACACCUGCAAACCAAUGAUGUUAAUUUCCAACAGGUUAAAUAAUAAGGUUUACCACUCUUUGAGGGACUGUGUCAAAGAAUUCUCCAGUACACAAUACCAUGAAAAAAGAUUCAGUGAAAUCUCUGUAUAAAAGGGACAGGGACCAAAACCAGCUCUGGAUGGCCCUGAUCUUCAGUACUGUAUUAAAAACAGACAGGACUUUAUAGUGGAAAUCACUGCAUUGGCUCAAAAUCUCCCACCAACACCACCACGAUUUGUCACUGUAUUCACUAACUCAAAAUUGUCCCAUGGUCUGGUACUUGAGUAAAACUUAACGCUGUAUUCAUUUCUGUCCCCGCAGCCGUCUGGAUGCGAAUCACAUCUCCAGCGUUCCUGUUGGUUGUUUCUCUGGCCUGCGCUCGCUACGUCACCUUUGGUUGGAUGAUAACUCCCUCACGGAGGUGCCUGUGGAAGCUCUGGGUGAGCUGCCCAACCUACAGGCCAUGACGCUCGCCCUCAACCACAUCACCCAUGUCCCGGAUCACGCCUUCAGCAAGCUGGGACGCCUGGUGGUGCUGUACGUAUACGACAAACAGACACUCCCAGAGUUAAUCCAAGGAAUAUACCCAAAUUUGUUUUUAUGUCAGUGUGUUUUUAUGUGUGUUUGUGUGAUUUUGUGUGUGUGUAUGUGUCUGGUGUAUGUGUGUGUGUUCAGGCUGUUGCUAGGAGCUGUUGCUGCAUUCUGCAUUAAGUUAAACCGUGGCAGCGACCGUCCUUGUCUGUCUUUAAUAGCUCCUUAAUAACACGAAACCUCUCUGUUUGUGCAUGAUUGGUGUGUGUGUGUCUGUGCGUGCAUGUGUGUGUGUGUGUGUAUACGUGCGUGCAUGUGUGUGUGUGAUGGCAUUCAGCGCGGCAGUAUUGAAGUCUGCUGUCAUUUCUUUUGUCCAAUCGGCUUAAAGCUAAUUUGCAUGAAAUUACCAAAAGAAAAAAAACCUUCUUGAGAGGCCCCGGGGCCCCUUUUAGAAAGACACAACACACACACACAUGCACACACACGCACACACACACACUCACACACACUCUUUGUCUGCUUCAUUAGUCAAUCAGUCUCUCUCUCUCUCCGUAGGCAUCUCAACAACAAUAGGAUCGUUUCCAUGGGAACAAACUGCUUCCACGGACUCCACAGUUUGGAGACGCUGUGAGUUUCAGUGUGUGUGUGUGUGUGUGUGUGUGUGUUGGGGAGGGGAUGGAGAAGUCAGGGUUGAAAUGGGGUCAGGAUAAAGGUUUUAGAAGAUGUGAGGGAAGAUUUCAUGUAAACAUUUCUGAAGGAUGCUUCACGUGAUCAGUUUGAACAAUGCUGCAAAAUUUGGGAGACUUUUUUUGUUUGAAGUUAGCUCGCUUAAACGCUCGCAAGUUAAUACCAAAACAUGUUGGUUAGUGGUGUUGUUGAAGCAGUGGAUUUAAGUGGAAAAAAAAAUGUUAUGGGGUGUGAACAGGGCAAGAUUAUGAGAUUUCCUAGGGGACUGUUAAAGGGAUAUUCCGGUGUAAAAUUAAUUGAGGGUCAAACACACCGUAACACCGAGUAAAACACCCCUUCAAGAGAUGAAUGUUGCCUUCCGCUUGCUUCUCUUGUUAUUCCAACUUUUGUAACAACCGCACGAUAGCAAUACACAGCGGUCUGAGAAGCCACAAACAAACCUCAACCAAAACGCCACUCUAUAGCCACAAAUAAUGCUCAGAACAGCACCUAACUUCAUCAACAGUACAUACAGGGUCCUAGUCACAGUGAUUUUCAUAUAAUAUAAAAUGACAUAUUAUUUCAUUUACAUUAUUUUUUCCAAAUUUUUAGGUGCACAGAAGGCAAAGAAUGUCAAUAAGUGAGAGUUUUAUGCUGUCUCAGUAUUUCAGCCUCUCCAGUCAGCAUGUGAUCAGAUUUUAGGGCGAGUAUUCUGUAUAUUAGACAGAGUCGAGCAGAUUAACCUGAGUGUUUACGUUGGUGUGUGUAUAAUCUGAGGAAUGUGUGUAAAGAAAUGUUUCUGUUUUCUCAGUCAACCAGAGAGGCAGGUUUAAACACACAAACACACUGACUUCAUUUGGAAACACUUCUGUACUGUGUGUGUUGCUCUGUGUGUGGCCCUGGCUGUAUGCUAAUCAUAAUUACUAUUCACACACACACCCACAGAGAGCAUGUGUGUGUGUGUGUGUGUGUGUGUGUGUGUGUGUGUGUGUGUGUGUGUGUGUGUUAGAAGGCUGUGUACCUGUAAGAUCAGCAAUAAUAAACCACACUGGGUCUCAUGUUCAUCUGAAACUACAAACACAAACAGAGAGCAGAGGAGAAAACGGAAAUGAAAACAAGGCAAAAUAAAUUAAUCCAACAAGUUCGCCUCAGUCUUUAGGAAAAACCCACCCAGGUUUUCUCAGCUACAGUGGUUUUUCCUCUGAUGCCCACCGUAGUCUAACCCAAGCCCCCUUUGAUUCCACCCAAAUUAGGAUUUUUCUGGUUCCAGUAAGUGACGAAAAUGGUGGUGAGCGGAAAACCCAAAAUCCAGCUUUCAAAACAUGUCUUCGGAAACCUCUGAGACUCCACAAAAACAAUGUGGUUAGCAUGAAACCCCAAGAAAUAACCACACAAGCUGUGUGGGAGAGGCUGAGACACCUGUCAGUCAAAAACAACCCAGACGGUGUUAACGGGGAGUUUGUGUAAAGUCUGGAACAGGAGUCAGGACGCUGUUAGCCUCGCUUACUAUCACAAUGAAAACAAAGAACCAGUCGCAUCGUUUUUUAAAAAUAUAUAUCCUCAAUUUUAAUUCAACGGCAGCAUCAUGUUUAAAUGAAGUUAGGACAGGUUUAUGUUUCUCAUUGUGUCUCAUCAGCUUCUCUUUAACAACACUGUAAACAUUAGUGAGCUCAGGAGACCAGUUUCUGGAGUUUGGAGAGUGAAAUGAUCCAUUCUUGCCUGAUCCAGGAUUUUAGCUGCUCAACAGUUCAGAGUCUCAUUUGUGGUGUUUUUUUGUGUUAUGAUGCUCCAAAUGUUUUCAAUGAAUGAUGAGUCAGGACUGCAGGCAGGCCAUUUUAAUAACAGGAUCCUUCUAAUACAGAGCCAUGCUGUUUCAAUACCUGCAGAAUAUGGUUUGGAGUGUGUUGCGGAAAUCAAAUUUUGAAGGGGAUAUUCCAGCGUAAAAUUAAUUUAGGGUCAAACAGACCAUAACACCGAGUUAGACACCCCCUCGAGAGAUGAAUGUUGCCGACUGCUUGCUUCUCUAGUUAUACCAAUGUUAGUAACCACCGCACGAUAGCAAUACACAGCGGUCUCAGGAGCCACAAACAAACCUCAUACAAAACGCCACUCUAUAGCCACAAAUAAUGCUGAGAACAGCACCUAACUUCAUCAACAGUACAUAUAGGGUCCUAACCAUAGCACUAGCCACCAAACAUCUUUUUAACUUUGCCUGAUUUCUUUAGAAAAGAGACUAAACACAACUCACCUACUCUCUUCCAGCAGGUGCUUGUUUGUAGAAAGACCUCGACCAGUCCAUCAUCGACUGAGAUGGGGUGACGCAGGUCUGGUUACAUUUCCAUUAAGAAAUGAUCAUAAAUGUUCUUCCUUGAGCUGCGUCACCCCGCUGCAGUCCAUAAUGGACUGGUCGAGGUCUCGCUACAAACAAACAGCUGCUGGAAGAGAGUAGGUGAGUUGUGUUUAGCCUCUUUGCUAAAAAAAUCAGGCAAAGUUAAAAAGAUGUUUGGUGGCUAGUGCUAUGACUGGGACCCUAUAUCUACUGUUGAUGAAGUUAGGUGCUGUUCUGAGCAUUAUUUGUGGCUAUAGAGUGGCGUUUUGGUUGAAGUUUGUUUAUGGCUCCUUAGACCACUGUGUAUUGCUAUCGUGCGGUCGUUACCAAAGUUGGUAUAACUAGAGAAGCAAGUGGUCAGCAACAUUCAUCUCUCGAGGGGGUGUCUAACUUGGUGUUACGGUGUGUUUGACCCUAAAUUAAUUUUACGCUGGAAUAUCCCUUUGAAGAGCAAUUAAAACAAAGUUCAUUUUUUCCAUUUAACUUAUCGUCUUUGCACCAUUGUUAUUUUUGUUAAAAUAAUUCUCUAGCUAUCAAAAUAAUUUUUUUAUCCAUACUUGCACAGCAUCUAAACUCUUGGGACUGGGCUUGUCAAUAACAUCAAAGACUAAUUUGAAAAAUGAAGCUUAUAAAGACAGAGGGAACAAAGCAUCUCGAAUCGGCACGGCAUUAAAAAGCAAAUUCUCCUGAACCCAAUUUUAACCAAGAAAAGAGUUUCCAUCAUUAGGUUGAUGUUGUCUAAGGGAGAAGUUUGCGAGACCAUGACUGCCGGAUUCCUGAUGUUCCUCAUUCUUCUUACAUAACCUAUUGAACCUAAUCAGGAUGUGCAAUUUACAGCUUGAGACUGUGAUAAUUGAGAUUUUCCAAAAACCCCUGGAUCCCCCAUGAGCCUCUAAACUGUCCAAAUCAGCACUGCGUAUCCCGCUUUCAUCCAGUCGUAACCUUACAAAUUGCAACAAUAAUAGUUUGGCAGAAGGCUAUUGUUGUUGCAAAUCAUCCUCUGGACACACAUGUACUCACACUCUCAGGACACACUGAAGCAAUUUCAAUUUAAUGGUAUUUUCACAAUGUGGCAGCUCCAUUCCACACAGUGUACGAGUGCGUAAUAGCCACCUGCAGCACAGAGAUGAAUGAGAGGACCUAAUUGAAGCCAUGUGUGGACUCAGAGAUUGCUCUAGUCUCUCUCGGUGAUGAAAGAGACGAGCGAGGCAAAGCUAAAUGUUUCUUUAAUAAACUGAGUAGAUUAAGAUCAGCACCAAAGCUUUAAACACAAACAUUUACAUGAAACACUUUUCUGUGGUCAGAGUUGAUAUUCCCACAGUUUUACAGAGGAAACGAUGAGUUUCAAUUUACACUUAAAAGCUACAGCACCAGGCUGAUAAUCUCAUUAAAGAGCUGAGAUUCAAUGUACAGAUCUGACGUUCUCAGAGUUGAAAAAUAAAGCCAACAUGGAAGUGCAAAAAUCUGCACUUCCCCAAGUGUCCACUGGAGGCUGACUCUGAAAGCCAAAGAAUCCUCAUGCUUAAAGGUGGGGUAGGCAGGAUCUGAGGAAGUGGCACUUUUUGGGAGAAAUCUUAAAUGUAAACACUACCCCUCCCAACCAGUUUUCCCCUCAGCUCCUCCUCUCCCCUCCCUCUCUGCUCCAGCAAGCCCCGCCCACAAACAGACGCUCCUGCUCGCUCGUAUCGUUACGAUUAAAUUCAGAUAUAAUGCAGAUAAAUACUUAUAAUUACAAAUGGGGCCCAGUCGACGUGAAAGUGAAAAGCAUUGGUGCUACUGUAGAUGCCAACAGACUACCAGCAAACACAAUGUUUGCAGGACUUCUACAACUAGGAGAAAGUGACAUAGUCCAGGACCCGAGGUAAACAGUUUAGCGACAACACGCAGCAGGUCCCGUUUGACAAGAAACAGCUCUUUUACAGACACUUGGCUUACUUUGUUUAAGUGGUUUACCUGUCCAGUAGAAAGAUUACAGGGUCUGUAAGAUCCCGAAGUGUCCCCCAUCGUUUAUGCUGAUUUUAAACUGGCUUCUUAGCUCUUGUCUGCCUCCGUUUUAAGCGCCCGUUAUUCUGGCAGAGCCUCCAGUAUUUACUUUGUUUUCUCGCCUGUGUCGGCAAAAUUCUGUACUUUCUGGUUGCUUUCUACUGUCCGAUGUUGUAGCAUGCUAACUUUGUUUAGGCUGGUGAACGUUAUUCGAGGACGUGGAGUUUGCCUUACAACACGGGGGAGCAGCGCCCGUCUCACAACCAAUCAGGUUGAGGGAGGCAGAGAAUGGCUUUGUUUACAGUCAGAAAGAGCAGGUCGCUCAAAUUUUUUUUAAAUGCUGACUACACAGACAUAACAAAAACAAAGUGAUAUUGUUAUAUUACCAAACAUCAUCAAUAACUAAUAGCUAUGGACUGAUAUUAAAAGCUUUUUUGUACAUACACUCCAAAAAAAGGUGAAGUAUAAAGGCAUGACAGCUGUUGUGUACAGUUCAUGUGUUGUGCAUGGGUAUUCAUGAUUUAGAUGGAAAAAUGUUGCUGUUCUACAUCAUUAUAAAACAAGACCAUAGCUGAUUGGAAAAGCACCCCAAAUCAAAUUCAGCACAGCUGGUGUAGUUUAGCAGAUAUCCAGAGUCUGUAAUUCUCAGUGUGAGAUUGUUUACAGCUUCCCCACUCAGUGUCUUAUCAAUCAUGUACAACUUUUUUUCUUUGUUUCAGGGAUUUGAACUACAACAAUCUGGGGGAGUUUCCGACAGCCAUCCGCUUCCUCAGUCACCUCAAAGAGCUGUGAGUCUGAACUGCGUUUGAUAAAACUCAUUGAUACAUACUGUGGCCCUGAGUCAGCGCUUAUCAAAUAGUGAGAUACUAUUUUUCUGAACAUGCUGGAACAAAAGGAGUAGUUUUGGAAUUAAAGGGGUUAACUGAUAUUCUGUUUCUUGUCAAGUGGUUUCCAUAGUAACAACAUCCAGUCAAUCCCGGAGCACGCCUUUACAGGAAACCCAUCCCUGAUUACCAUGUAGGUACCGCCCUUUAAUCUAAUACAUUUUUAUUUUUAUUUUCUGAAGAGUCUGAAGAUUUUUUUUUUGUCUGUUUAUGUUCUACAGUUUUUUCUACGACAACCCGAUCCAGUCUGUGGGACAGUCGGCUUUUCAGAACCUUCCAGAGCUGCGAACACUGUGAGAAACAUGUUAGAUAUGCACCUCAACUUCAUUCUGUAUGUGACACUGUAGCAGAUAUAUGAAAUGGAAAAAAAGCAACAAAAAAAAAUAAUAAUAAUUAAUAUUUAUUUUUAGAAUUCAAUUUUUUUAGUCAAAAAUUCAAGAGAUAAAAGGCCAGAAUUCUAUAAAAAAUAGACGAAUAUAUAUAUAUAUAUUUUUUUUUUUUUUAAAGAAGUAAAAUGAUCAUACAAAUUUAUUAUUCUUAUUUUCAUUUCAGAAAUCUGUGAAAAAAAAGUCACAAUUCUAGAGAAAAAAUUAAAAUUCUACGAAAGGGUCAGAAUAACAAGAGAUAAAAUGCUGCGUUUGAGUUACUUCAGAAGUCAGAUGUAGUAACUGAAAAUGACGUCACACCCGAGUUACCAGCGUUUCAGUUACCAAGUCGGAAAAAAGCUAAAUCGGAAGUGGAAACAAGAUGGCUACAUCUACGAAAGUUAUUUUAGCACUUACCUUGUCCGAACAUAACAAGGACAAGGCAAGCGCUAGAAUAACUUUCGUAGAUGUAGCCAUCUUGUUUCCACCUCUGAUUUUGCUUUUUUCUGACUUGCGCUGGUAACUUGGGUGUGACGUCAUUUUCAGCUCUGACAUCUGACUCCCAUGAAAGAGGAUUGGACUUCUAAAAUAUGAAAGGCCAGAAUUCCAUGAAAAAGUCAAUAUUCUCAGAAAUCAAACAAGAAGUUUAAAGAUUUUAAAGAUAAACAGUUUAAAGAUUGGGAGACAAAAGCAGGAAUUCUGUGAAUGAAGUAAGAAUUUUGAGAAAUAAGCAGGAAUUUGUGCAGGAAUUUCUUUUCAAAGAAAUAAGUGGUUAAAAUCUAGCUUACUUAACAUUUACCUCUUAUAAAUUGUUUUUUUGUUUUAUUGCCUGUUUCUGUGUUUGCAUCUAUAUACCCUGAAUUUAUCCUGUUGGUCUGAUACAGCAGGUGUCAAAGAGCCAUCAAAAUAAUCCUGUUGUUGACAUUUGGAAAGAAGUGUCAUAUGAGUUAAAUUUAUAUUUCAUAAUCACUGUUAAACCCAGAAUUGCCUCAUUAAAGCAAAAAUAAACUUCAGACUUCAGCUUUUUAAAUCAAAUAUCAGAUUUAGUAGCUGGGUUGCACGAUUUUUGGCACUGAUUAGAUCAGAAACAGAUUUUUGUGAGCUGCUCAGGUGAGACGACUGAAAAUGUUCAAACAUAUUUUCCUUUUUAGGAAUCGGAGGAUCGGAGUGUGUGCGUGCAUCCAGAAAUUUUUAGAAAACCAGCUCAUUGAAACCAGAAAUCAGUCAAACAUUUGACUCAGUUAUCAGCAAAUAAAACUCUGAAAACACACACAGAGCACGCACACACACGGAGGUGGAUUUUCCCUGCAAAGAUUCUGAUUCGAUGGACACGUAACAAACACAAACUCUCUCUUUUUGUUUUCAGUUCUCUGAAUGGAGCUGCAGAUCUCACCGAGUUUCCAGAUCUGACUGGAACCAAGAGCCUGGAAAGCCUGUAAGACACAAACUUACACUCACACACAUACACAGACACACACUAACACACUCACAGGGAGGACUGUUUCCUGUCUGUUUGCUGUUGUACGACAUCAGUGUGUGUUUGUAGAGCUGCUGUUAUUAAUACUCCACACAGUUAUUAUUCUAUCAGACCGACUGUAACUUUAUUUUUCUGCUGCUCAGCCUGAAAUUGAAUCCCUCUCUUCUCUCCUUGUUGUGACCCACUUUUCCGUCUCAUAAUAAACACCUUCGUCGUGUUUGUUUUCUUGUAUUUUUCCGUUUAAACUAAUUUCUGAAAGCACUGUGUGUUCAGCAGUAACCUGGCUCUGAACCAGCUGCUGGAAAUAAAAACUCCAGCUAACAAACCGUCACACAUUCUUCAACUUUCUACCUUUAUGAUCCCUCCCAGUGUUCCUGAACGCCUCACUGUUCCGUCAGAUGGCGUAAAAACUAAACAUAGUAAUGUAAUUUCCUGCUGAGUCCUUUGAUCAACUCCAGUUGUUGUUUAUUAGAACAUUAAAACUAUUUUAGAACAUUUUUUUUUUUUACUUUAAAAAAUGUUUAAUUGUUACAUAACCAAUUUACUCCAGCUGUUCACCGUCCCCCAAUCCCCUUAAGACAUUUUAGAGCACCUAAACACACCAACAUGUCUAUGAAAUGUGUUUUAAAACAUUAUAACUCCCACAAAUGCAUUAUAAUAUCGCCCCAAAGCAGACAAAAAUUCAUUACCCCUGAACAGAACACAACACAGCCAUCCUACUGUAGUUAAAAUGCACAUAAUAGCAUCAUUAUCCUUUGUGGAUGAUAGUAAAUACACAAUAAUUCAUCUUUUGUAGGAAAACCAUAAUUUGAAUGCGCCUAAACACAACAUACUGCUUUUAAAAACUUCCUAUAUACAUCCCAGUGAUUAUAAAAUGUCUCAGAACACACCACACUGUGUUGAAAAUGUCCUUAAACACACCACACCACUUUACAAGUGUCCCUGAACACACCACUCUGCUUUGAAGGUGUCCCUGAACACACCACUCUCCUUUUGUUUUAUUUGGAAAUAUACAGUUUAUCAUAAUAACACCGGAUCAUUUAACUGACUCACCUGUAAACACAUCAUAGAGCUCUUGAUAUGCACCUAAACACACCACAGAAUAACUCACUGGAAUUGUAAAGGGGUUUUAAAGCCUGAUUACCAGGUCCUUACCAGACCCAGGUGCUCAUGAGCAAACCCUGACCUCUGACCCAGAUGAACUUUUUUUUCUUUUACGUUAAUUUCCGUCUUUGUGUGUGUGUGUGUGUUUUGUGUGUGUGUAUUUGCAGGACUAUCACAGGAGCCCAGAUUACCUCUCUGCCUGCCUCGUUGUGUGAUCAGCUUUCAAACCUCCAGCUGCUGUGAGUCUGAAUAUAAAAAAACUGACCUAAAUGUGGCGCUAAAUGAAUAGUUAGAGUUCGGUGUGAGAUUUAAAUUGUAAUUUAAGUUUAUGCAGAAACAGCUUGUGCUACACCUUAACUCUAAGUGGAAUAAAAACUCUAUCCUAAAUCAGAAUUUACACUCAAACCAGGCAAAGCUUGAAUUUAUGCAGAGCUGGUCUCAGUGGAGGUCAGUAAAAUUUACCACCUUGGGUCGUGGAUUUUCAUUUGUUAAUAGGGAUACCUCUUUUCUCAUUACACCCGUAAUAAUGCACGUGGAAAGGAUAUACUUUAUACUGCAGUUUGUGGUGUGAAAAUCUGGAGGAUUGGAAUAAAAAGAAUCCAAAAGUCCAAAAAUCUGGAUUAUCCUGAUCCCAGAGAAGGACUGGAUUAAAACUGGAUACAAGAAUUAAAUAUGAACAAACUUCAAAGUGGGUCAAAUGUGUCAAAACUUUGUAACUUUUUCAGACUUUGCUUUAAAGAGUUGCAGAGGUAGAUAUCUGUGUUGUAAUAAAAUGCAGGAUUUCACCGUUUGAGAAGCUGAGAGGAUCUCUCUCACUUAUUAUGGCUUUUAGCGCCUCCAGUGGACAAAGUGUGCGGUUUAACAUCUCAUCCGAGGCACUUUUGAUCCAAGUUCUGUUAAUUUCUUAAACUCUGUUGCUGGAUCAGGCUGAUGUACAAAAACAACAGGACAAAGGUGAGCUGGAUCACCAGUUUCUAAUGAGGAAAUUACUUAAUCCAGAUUAUCCAGAUUAAUCCACCUGAACAAGGUGACCCGCUGUGUGCUUUUUGACAAAAAGUGUUUCUUUUACUCCUGAGAUAUGUUCAGUGGGUGUUGGACAUUUAAGCUUUAAUGAUAACUGAGUCUUCUCUUCCUGCAGUGACCUCUCCUACAAUCAGAUCCAGAGUCUGCCCAGCUUCUCCGGCUGUGAGAGCGUCCAGAAGAUGUGAGUUUGAGUUUCACUGACGGAAACUGUAUGGAUUAUUUUUCAUUUAUGUCGUCAAUUCCCAAAAAAUGUUAAUAACAACAGAAUUUGAUGGUUUGCAAAUAAUUUAAAGCCUAUAUGUGAUUUGAAAUAGUGUAAAGAUGACAUAUUAUAAGUUGAAACUGACAGAGUUUGUUGUUUUUAAGAAGUAUAUGUGCUUAUUUUAGAUUUAAUACCAGCAACAUGUUUGUAAAAAGUUGCGUGAUAAAAAAAGAAAAGCCUGAAGAACAUCUCCCAACUGAUAAGGUUAAUUUCCACCAGGUUAGUCACAUUAAUGGGCAUAAAAAGGACAUUUGGAGAGGCUGAGUCUCUCAGAAAGAAAGAUGUUCAUCAUUCUGUGAGAGACUGAGUGACCUACUAGUUCAAUAAUUUCAGAAUAAUGUUCCUUGCAAAGAAUUAGUGGAGUUUACAAUCUGCAAUACAUAAUUUCAUUAAAAAAUAAAGAGAUCUAGAUAAAUCCCUGUACAAAAGGGACAAAUUCACUCCUAAAAUCCAUUUUCUAUGAACAUAGUUCAUCACUGCAUCCACAGAUACAGGUUAAAAGUGAACGAUGCAAAGGAGAAACUAUAUAUGGUUUGGAAAUCACAGAUGUCAGAUGUUCCACCCUGAAAACCCUGAUCCAGAAACACCAGAGACUUCUCUAGACCUGAGCCCAUUUAAAAUUUUACCCCUAUGUAAGAUUUAAAACUCGACAUUCUCAGCGCUCAAGAGUGGAGGGACCCUCCGCCUGGUUGAAUCAAAAUUUGAGAAUCAUGGUUGCUGUGUCCUCCACCUGAAAGAGGGGUGGAUACACUAUCGGUGAUUUCUCCACUCAGUUUGUUAAUAGUUGUCAGUUCCAUGAUGGUAUGAGGAUCAUAAAUGUCCAUGGCAUGGGUAGCUUACUCAUCUGUGAAGGCUUCAUUAAUACUGAACAGUAUAUUAAGCAUAAACAGCAUGAACAUCUGCUGCCAUACAGACAAUGACUUUUUAAGGAGAGACCUUAAUAUUUCAGUGAGACAAUGACAAACCACAUUCUGCAGGUUUUUACAACAGCAUGGCUCUGUAGUAGGAGAGUCCUGCUGCCUACAGUCCUGACUUGACACCCAUUAAAAACGAUUGGAACAUCAUGACCCUGUGCUUUUGAGCAGCUAAAAUCCUAUAUGAGGCAAGAAGGGAACAUGUUGCUGGCAUCAAGCUUAAAUGAGUAUAUAUUUUUCUUUUAAUAACUUUUUUUCUGUUUACAAAGUUUCAACUUUUAUGUUACCUUCACACGAUCUCACUUAAAUUGAGUUUUUAAAUGAUUAGCACCCUAUCAAAUUACUUUUAUUACCAUCUUACACAGCGUCCAAACUAUUGAGGUUGUAAAAGUUUACCUCAGAUAUCUUCACACUCGUGGUUUUAUUUCAGGUCAGGGUGAUAAAGCUUGUGUUUUAGAGUUAUCUAAUCAGCUCCACAGUUAGUGUAUUCUUAACAAAAACCGUAACAACCAAGGAAGUACAUCCAGCUGUGCAUCAUGGGAAUAAUUAGCACCGUCAAAGUUUUUAUUCCACCAAUCAGAGAAGAAGAAGAGACACUGCUGUUGAUCAGAUUGAUAAAUAUGAAGUCAUGGAAAUAUCACUUAAUGUGUGUUUGUGUGUGUAGAGAUCUGCACCAUAACGAGAUCGAGGAACUGGAGGAGAACACCUUCCACGGUCUGCUGUCUUUACGCUCUCUGUAAGAACACACACACAGACACACACACACACACACACACACACACACACACAGACACACACUCUGCAGGUUUAAUUAGCCUGGAGCUCUGAGCAUUGAUCCGGAGAUGCCCUCUUUAAAUACUCUAAAUGGAAGCAGACUCAGAUCCAGGUGGUCUGCAGGAUGAUUGGACAGGUAUGAUGACAUCAUUUGGCUCCAGAGACGGAAAUCUAAGCAGGAAUACUAAAGCCGAUACACAUCUGAUACACAGGUCUGUUUCUUUACUAUUAUGAGGGAAGAAAUACGUCAAUAUGAGGAAUUAAGACUUCAUGUCAAAGUUAUUAAAAAGUUUAAAAAAUGUGUAAUAUCUUUAGGAUAGUAAAACAAAAGUGCAUAAAAAACACCAGUCAUAGCAGACACAGGUGAAAGCAGCCCAUCCAAAUGAAUAGUGGUAAAUAGUAAUUCAGAUUUUGGCUCAGUGACCAGGAAGUAAUGUCAAAAUACGGUUAACUUAAGGUAAGGUAAACUGGACGAAUGACCCUGUCAUGUGACUGGAGGUGUUGUAAACUGACACCAUAUCAUUCAUUUGUACUGUAAAUGUAAAUGUUCUUUAUUUAUACAGCCCUUUACAACAACCCUUUCGGUGAACCAAAGUGCUUUACAAUAUAUAGAAGAAAAAAAAAGAAUAAAUAAAAACAAUAAAAAGAAUAAAAGCAAUUAAAAAAAGAAUAAGAUACAAUGCAAUAAAAUAAAGUGUCACCACGCUACUGGGUAUUAAAAGCCAGCACAUAUAAGUACGUUUUCAAUCGGGAUUUAAAAAGGUCCAGGUUGGAAAUAAGUCUCAUUUCAGUUGGGAGCUUAUACCAGAGCCUGGGACCAGCAACUGAAAAGGCUCAGUCACCACAGUGCUUGUGUUUUGACCUGGGCACCUCCAGCAGAAGUUGAUUUGACAACCUCAGAGCUCUACCCGGCUCCCGAACAGUUCAAAGCUCAUUUAAAUAGAUGGGGGCAAGGCUCUUAAGAGCUUUAAAAAGAACUGUUAACUGUGGCAGCUCAUCAUGCUUAAACCAGUAGGUCUGUACAACUGCUUCCAGGAAAAGCUGCAACCUUCAGAGAAAUGAAACUAAGCCUGACAAACCGCAGUUCCUCAAGUGUCCACCAGAGGCUGGCUGGCAGAAGCACCAGAAACCACAUACACACCAAUGCAAAAAAGGGCAUUUUUUGAGUAAAAUGAACAGCCUGGUUCAAUAAAUGAUUUUGUAUGGAGAGGGAAAUUUUUUGUAUCAAAGAUAUGUAAGUUAUAACAUUAAUUAAUCAGGGGCAAUAUGAACUAAAUGGUUCCAGGAUGGGUCUGACAACACAAGGCCAGUACUUAACAUUAUGAGACAUUUAAAGACAGAACAUAAGCCACAUUAAAAACCUAAAAAAUGUGCUUAAAACACAUUUAAAGUGGCUUACUUUUGCUGAAGCAAAUUCACCUCAAAUAUGCCAUUUGUGACAUUUUUUACUUGGAUUUUAUCCCUAAACUUCCAAUCAAAACCCCAAACAAAACAAGUGUAAAUGACCAGAAUAUUUUAAAAUGUUAGCACUGACCUUUGCAUUGUUAUACUUCUGUCACGUCCCGCAGAUCGUUCUGACUUCUAAUCGUAUUAGAGAAAUUAACGUAUUACAAUCACACAAAACUCUCUUUGUGCUGGGAUUAGAAACAAAGAGAGGUUGUUAUAUCAGAAGCUUUAGUUAAUCGGUGCUAACACCUAAUCCUGAACUGUGUUAAGAAUCAUGGCAGCACUCUGAGGUCACUCACAUAUUAAACUUGUAUGAUGUCUGAUUUUUUUGAAGAAAAGGUUGCAGGUUUGUCUUCAUGAUUCCUCUUGGUCUCUGUUUGCAGAGAUUUAUCCUGGAACAGACUGUCAUCAGUGAAGCUGAGCUCUUUCUCUGCUCUUCCUGCUCUCACCAAACUGUGAGUGACCAGAAAAUCACCCAAAAUGUUCUUUACCAUUGCAACAUUCAGCAGCGAAAAGCACUUAAAUCCUACUUUUCUGCAUAGUUUUGAAUAAUACUUGAGCUGAGUAAAGUCACGAACUUUAUGCAGCCUUAAAUCUGACAGCUGUUGACCAUUUAAAAAAUAAAUUCUAUGUAUUUUAUCAUCCAGUUCAUGCAAAAAAGCCUCAAAUGAAACAAAACACAUAAUAUCAACUGUGACAGAUCAUUAUUUGGUAUGGGAUCCUUUGCAGUUUCAGCUCUUUACGUGGACUUUUUAAUGUGUGCAUGGUUAAACCUUUUUUAAACCUGUUUUCUCUACAGGGACCUGUCAUCCAAUCAGCUGUCAUCUCUGCCUCUGGUUGGUCUGCAGAGUUUAACUCACCUGCGAUUGGCUGGAAACACAAAACUGACCGAGCUUCUCCCCCGGGAGGACCUACCCAGAGUCAGGUUAGAGAGUCACAUGUGUACAAACGCACACUUUCAUACAUGUAAAUAAAUGACAUUUAGGAUUUAUAAACACUGAAGAUAAUCUGCGGAUCACUUUCUAUAACAUGAAACGUGGAGCUGCAAACAAAACGCUUCCUGCUGCGACGUCAGACCACCAACAUGGCUGCCAGAGGGGGAUGACUUCACUGACAUCGAAACCUGAACUGCAGUGUGUUUCUUCAUGUGCGUGUUUGUGUGUUUUUAGGGUGAUUGAGCUUCCGUACGCCUUCCAGUGCUGCGCCUUCACCUCCUGUGAGAAGAGAGGAGGAGGAGGAGGAGGUUCGUGGGAAAGAGAGGAUGCAGCAGACUCUACAGGGAGGGAAGCACCCGUCCUUUCCAGCCAAGGUAGAUCUAAACUCUAAAUCUAAAACAAGCUAAACUAUAAAUUCAGAGAUUUACUCAUGUUUCUGCAUCUCUACAGUGGACCAGGACUGGGAGGAUUUUCUGAUGGACUUUGAGAACGAACCCAAACUUGAGCACUCAGUCCACUGCAGCCCUUCACCAGGUAUCACAGCAGGGAGAAACACCAACAAAGUACCUCUUAAAAGUCAUAUUAAUACAUUUAACAUGAAAACUUUGAAUAUUUUCAUUACUCUGAGUUAGAUUUCAAUUAUUUUAACCUUUAUACAGUAAUUUAGCUAUUCAGUAAAGUAAGAAAAUGACUCCACAAAGUAUGACAUGCUGAGUUUAUCUUGUUUUUGGUCAAUUUUUUUGAAUGUUUGUCUCCUAAUUGUACAGCAGUGGUAUUAUUUUCUCUCUCCUCAACUUAAGCCAAGAGAAUAUGUCUGGAGAGUUUCAUUGGUUCGGUUCUGGUUCUUCCAGGUCCGUUCCGUCCCUGCCUUUAUCUGCUCGGCAGCUGGUUGAUCCGUGGAGGGGUGUGGCUGAUCGCAGCUCUCUCAUUGGUCAGCAACAGCCUGGUUAUCCUGUCAGUCUUCUUUUCACCCGCCUCCUCAUUGACGACACCCAAGCUGCUGAUUGGCCUGCUGGCCAUCGUGAACGGCCUGAUGGGAGUCUGGAGUGGCUGGUUGGCAGUCGUUGAUGCCUGGACAUAUGGCAGCUUCUGGAGGUACGUAUAGGAUUUAGGGGGGAGGCAAGGGGGCUCUUAGGGGACUGGGAACUACUUGAGUUGUCUGAAUGAGUACUUGGGUUUAAGAGGACCUUGAGGACCUUUGGGUCAUAGGGCAUUUCUAGAAAUGAUGGGGCACCCAUGGGAUUGCAGGACCUUUCUGAUGCUAUUAACUAUGUAGACUCUAGGGUAAUGGGAAAUGCCACUGAUGUUACAUGAGGGGGUAUGCUGCAUACCUCUGGAGUUAUAGUACUCUGAGAAUGCUCUAAAUGUUCUAAACUGUGGGUACAUUGGGAAUACUGCAGUUUUUGGGGGAUCUGAGACGUUAUUUUGGUAAGUAUUGGUAUUGUAGGGGACUCUUGGGAAUCAGGGUACUCUGGGACUAUCCUGGUUUGACAGAAUUUUGGGGAAAAGGAACUUUUGAGGUUUUGGGGAUCUUGAGGGAUUGUGGGGACCUAAGGGACUGUGGGGAUGCUGGCAUUUGAAGGACCAAGGGAAACCUUUGAAUUGUUGGAACCUUUGAGAAUGUUGAAGUUCCUGGAAAUCAAGGACUUUAGGGGACUAUGACAGCUGACAGGUCCUUGGACUCUUAGGGUGCUGUGUGUUAGUAGACUGAGUUUUCUUAUCAUCACGGAUCAUCAAAUAUUACAGUUUUCUGAGGACAAUUCGCUGCAAAUUUGCUCCAAACCCCAACUCCCAAGUAAACCCAAGAACCCAGGAUAUCCAUGAUCCUCAGUUUUGAUGUCACCAUCAUUUUUGUCCUUUCAGGUAUGGUACCAAGUGGGAGAGCAGCGUCUUGUGUCAACUCAGUGGCUUUCUAUGUAUAUAUGCGACACAGACCAGCCUUUUCCUACUGACCUUCACGGCCUUGGAGCGAUGCUUGAAUGCUACACACUGCCACAGUAAAAGUGACGGACACAAAGGUGAGUAAAACAAACAUACACAAAUUUUUCAGUGAACUCUUGGCCUGUUUGAUUCACUCUCCUUUCUCUCCAGGUGGCUCGCUGCCGUUCACCAUCUGUCUGUCGAUCUGCCUUUGCUUCCUGUUGGGCCUGGCUGUCACACUGCCCCCCCUGGUGGCCGGACACAGCAGUACCUCUCUCUGUUUGCCGCUACCGUCCUCCUCCCCCUCUUCCUCUCUGGCCUUCUCCGUCUUCUUGGUGCUCCUGGACUCGUUGUGUUUCCUCUUCAUGACCCUCGCCUACACUCGUCUCUACUGCCGGGUCAACAAGGCUCCACCCACCUCCGAAGAAGAGGUGGCGAUGACCCGACAUGUCGCCUGGCUGCUUUUCUCUGAUUGCCUCCUCUACCUCCCCAUCGCCUUCCUCUCCUUUUCCUCCCUGCUGCGCCUCCCUGCCACUGGACCAGAAGUGGCGAAGGGGCUGCUGCUGCUCGUGGCUCCGCUCCCAGCCUGCGUCAACCCGUUGCUCUACAUCCUCUUUAACCCGCUCGCCCGCCAUGAACUAGCAGCGCUCGCCAAACACACCUGUGGGGCUAUGAUGGCGCCCAGACUCCUCAGAGGAGGAAGAGGAGGCAGAGGCAGGUCGAGCAUGAUGGAUUCAACAUACGAUGAGGAUGCAGAGAAACAGUCAUGUGACUCCACGCAGGCGCUGGUAGCGGUCGGAGGGAUGAAGGAGGAAGAGGAUGAGGAAAGAGGAGGAAGAAGUGGGACACGACAUUCAGUGGCGUUUGUCAUUGCACAUCACUAGACUGACACACAAACACACAAACAGACUCAAGUUCUUACCUGCCGAAGGCCUUAUCAGUGAAUCAAAGAUGAGAAAUCAAAACUGAGUUUAAAGGGUUCGAUCCAGACUUGAUGUGGCUCUGAUACUCUUUCGUACCUUUGCGACCCUCAGGACAAAUGUGUCAUUGUAGACAGGAACAGAAAUGUGUCCAAAGUUUAAGAAAAUUCUGUUAUCGGAGAUGAAACUUUAGAAUCGGUUUUCAAUCAUCUCAGAGUCUAUACAUUUUUUAUAUACCGAUGAAUCCAACAGUUCCUACUGUGUUUUAAACAUGUUGUUAUGUUCAGAAAUGGUCUUAGAGACUGUUAUGAUUCCAUUAGGAGCAGCUAUUUAAUGAUACUUCUUGCAGAUUAUCAAUUUCAAUGCUUAAAUUUGCAUCAUUACUGAUUUGGCUGAAUUGACAGUGUCUUUAAAAACCAAUAGGUGAUGUCACCAAGACAACCAUAACCACAGUUUAUACAGAUUAUGCUCGUAUACGAUUAAUCUUUUUUUUGAUUGGUUGAAAAGAAGUCUGCAGUCUGUAGGGGGCACUGUGAGGGCUUUUGGCAGGUGAGUCAAAAAUCUCACAUACAUGCACGCACACACACACACAUGCACAAACACACGCAUUGACACAGGUUCAGAUACACUGCAGACUGAUGAGACUGUGUCGCAGCAAAUGUAGCAGAGGACGGUGAAAGAAGGAACAUGAACAGUCCGCACUGUCAGUUUGAGUCCAACUCGCUCUGUCUCUGUAUUUCUCUGUUUGUCUUUGUCUCUCCACCAUCUUCGUUCUGUUUAUUCUGCAAAAGAGCAAAAAAAGAAACUCAAUCAGAAUUUAAAGAACAGUUUGAAAUGAAAAAAAAGGAAGAUGGAGACUCUGGACUUUAACGUCUUCUACUCUGAUUGGAACACACACACUUACGCACACAGACAUCAUGAACAGUCGCCAGCUUUUAUUUUGAAAUAUGACACCAUUUACAGCAUUGUGUUACCACCAGCCAAAUGUUCAACCAAAUGCUGCUGAGCAUUAUGUCAGUGUGUGUGUGUGUGUGUGUGUGUGUGUGUGUGUGUGUGUGUGUGUGUGUGUGUGUGUGUGUGUGUGAGCCAGUAUGUUUUUGAGAGUGUGUGUGAAAACUGCAGAGUCUGUGUGAGAUAUUUCCCAGAGCCAACCCUCCAAACUAGAAAAUAAUAUAUCAUGAUCAGCAGAAAACUACAUUUCUUCACUCAUUAAGAUUAAUCAAGUAAUGUUAAAAUGACUCACUCUUCAUAUUUAAUCCCCUAAGAGGCAGAUAUAUAUAUAUUUUCCCCCUAUUUUAAAACCAAAUUUGGCCUUUUUAAGAACUCUCCAAAGUGGAUGUUGUAUUUGAUUGGAAAGAUCCUCCAUGUAUGACUGUGUUUGCGUAUUUUGUGUAGUAAAUGUGUGUACAUAAUGUUGUAAAUACAUGCUACUGUGACAAUCUUGUUUUCCUGUUGUGUAGACUGUGAGAAACGUCUUUGCUGAAAUCAUGUGUAUAAUGUUUGUUUGUAUAUUAUGAGCCCGUUUACUCUCUUCAUUCACAGCAUGUCACACACAGAUUAAAUCCAGAUGUGGUUUCUUGUGCUUUCACUCUCUCUAGUCACAUAUAUUCAUCUUUCUGACAGCUCUUUUUCUCACCCAAGAUGCAUGUAGUGACUCGGUGUAGAUGGUUUUAAGAUUGUGAAAAGUUUUCAGCAAGUUUUCAGUUUUUUCUUGUUCUCGCACUGUUCUAAAUGACUGAAGAUACAAAAGUGAAAAUCAUUAUUUUGUUGUGAUUUUGUUCUUAAGACGGUAUAUAACGUAAAAUAAUGCAAGAAGAGCGUGUGAAAAAAACAUUUACAUUCAAGGUCCACUUACGGCUUCUAGCUCUGCAUCAUACUCAGGAUGCAUUUUGCCACAAUGUCAACAGGCAAAAGGGAGAUGUGUCAGACGACUAACCCGUGACUGAUUUAACAUGACAGAUGGCUUUUAGUUGACCCUGGCAUUGCUUUUUUUCCUGGUAUUUGACCAAUAAGAAUCAAGUAUUUAACAGAGCAGAAUAACAUAGAUCUGCUAUCCCUGACAGUCACGUUUAUGGAGUUAAAGUCUGUAAAGCAAAGCUGCAGUACUGAUGUCAAGCAAAUUUUAUAAACCAAACUUGGUUUUUUUUUUAAAUGACAGUGAGUCCAUUGAGGUAAAGGAGAGCUGGGUGCAUUGUAGCCCUUUGCUAGGAGACUUGGGUCUAGUUUCAGUGAGAACGGCUCCGUUUACGAUAAAAACGUUCCCAGUCAUGUUUACAAAACAUUGGUGUCCAUAUGACAGUGUUAGGAAACAGAUCAGCCACAGUUUACAUGCCAGGCCAGUAGUUGGCAGUAUAACUUUGUGAUGAAACACUGUUGGAGAACAUGACGUGCUGGUACAUAAAGGGGCUCUUCAACAGGGCAGUCAAUACUCUCUGAUUGGGAACAUAAUAUGCAUGGGCAUCACUAUUUUCACAGGAGUGUUUGUGAGUUCAGAUUUUUCAACUUGCAAUUGGUAAAUGAAACAAAUAGCAUAUUGAGCAUAUCCCAUAUAUUCAUUUAAUUUUCACGUCUACCGCCUUUAAUUCACGCCAUACAAUCCCAUUGUGCAUUGCAAGACAAGACCUCACAUCUCAUUUUGUCUUUACAGUGACUUUAAAUGUAACUAAAUUGUGCAAAGUAGUUGUAUUCUCAAUUGAUAUGAACAUGUUCCAUUCAGGUGGGUCCAGUCCACAGCAGGACAAAUUCCUGAGUGGAUGAGUCUUGUGUUCAAGAAUCACGUUUCCUAUCACAGUUCCUCCUCUGAUCUGAUAAGCAGUGGUCUCAUUGAUACAAGAUAACUUAUUCAUGCUAAACUUGUCGGAAAAAAAAAAAAACCCUUGACAAACCACGUCAUUAUGACAAACUUAACUACAGAAACAAAGUUUAACAUGUUUUAACAUGAAGGGGGCGGGUUUAUGACAUGUACUGCAGCCAGCCAGUAGGGGGGGCUCCAGAUGUUUUGGCUUCGUUUUGGGUUACUGAAUACAAUGCCAUCUGUCUUUUCAACAUUUGAAGAAUAACACAUGCAGCUAGAUGUAACUGAACAUCCAAAUAAGUCUCUGGUUGUUUUUAUUGGUGGUGUGCAAAAAUUUCAAAAUAAAAGCUCCUCUUUAAGAGAAAAGUGUGCUUUUUGACACAAAUAGGAUUUGGAGGCUUAAGAGGAUAUGAGAUAUGCAGUCGGAAGCCCCGUAAGAAAGAACAUAAGUGGACCUUGGCAUGAGAAAACAAACCCUUGAAUAAGUUUUCAAGGCCUUCCUUCAUUGUAAUGCAUGUAACUUCAUAAAAUAUCAAAGUUGUUAUUCUUACUAGCACCAUCUUUAGGGGCGGGGUUUUGCUUUGUGGCUCCGCCUUGGCUGCAACAACAGAAAAUACAAAAAACAACACAUAGUCUGAAUGUUCUCUCAAAAUCACAGUUAAACUGCUGCACUUUUUUAAAACCAGCGCUAGAAAAAGGAUAAAAAAAACAUUUUAUUAAAAAGUUCUUCUCUUUUCUUUUUCUCGUGCUGUAAACUUUUGUAAAAUAUUUGAAAGUUUUGUGUUGUUUGAGCUUCCAGACAGAAGUCUCGAGUCCUGUGACGUAAAUAAAAUUACAGAGUGGAUGUGACUGCA